AUGUCCGUCGUCCUUAUCGGAACCGAAGGAGACUACCUCGGAAACAGCGUCACCAAGAGUGUUCCGUUACAGCCUAUUGAUGGUGCCGUGCUCUUCUGUGAAACUGUUGGUCUAGACUUCGCUUUGAGCCAGAUCCUUUUGCCUGCUCUCAGGCCUUGCAUCAAUUGCAUCGAUACUAAGGCCCGCAAGGCGGCGGCACAUGUUUUGCACAGUCUUUGUGAACUUGUUCAUCAGUCGAUUGACCCUACCAGUUUACAGCAAAUGAAACCAAGUCUGUCUGAUCAGUCAGAAGAGGUGCUGACCAUCUCCAAACCAGUAGACGCAUCCCGCUCUGAGAUUUCGGAGGAAAGAUUGGCAGUCACUGCUAAGGUCUUUGCCCAAUUAAUAGAAUUGUUGUCUCAACUGGUUGGAGAUGACAACUUGACUUUUGAUGGUAAGCGAGUAGCUGGUUACUCGUCUUGUAAAUAG